CUCCUGGAACUGUUGGGGAGAUCAGAGGAAGCGCAACAGUGUCGGAAACAACGCCUGGAAUGCAGACAAAUAAAAAUGUUCGCAGACUGCAUCUUUUCUCCAACAAAAUUUAUUGAGGUAUUUCCUUGCCGUAACAAAUGGCGAUGAAACAUUGAGUGUGUUCUGUGCCUUGGAGGCACAGCAGUGUGCGAAGGAGAACGGGCUCUGCUCCUCGAGGGGCGGCACAGCUGGAGAGGAGACGUCAGACACACGUGUCCAGCGGUAAGACAGCCCGCUUGAGGACAGUGACCCCAAGGACUCGUUUCUCAUCCCAAGACACAUCAUGGCCGAGCCAGACUACCUGGACGAUGACAACCCUGAGCUGAUCAGACCCCAGAAACUGGUCAACCCUGUCAAAACGUCCCGGAACCACCAGGAUCUUCACAGAGAGCUCCUUAUGAAUCAAAAAAGGGGUCUUGCUCCUCAGAAUAAGCCAGAAUUGCAGAAGGUGAUGGAAAAGAGAAAGCGGGACCAAGUCAUAAAGCAGAAGGAAGAGGAAGCACAAAAGAAGAAAUCUGACUUGGAAAUCGAACUGUUAAAGCGGCAGCAGAAGUUGGAGCAGCUUGAACUUGAGAAGCAGAAAUUGCAAGAAGAGCAAGAAAACGCGCCAGAGUUUGUGAAGGUGAAAGGCAACCUCAGGAGGACAGGCCAGGAGGUGGCCCAUGCGCAGGAGUCCUAGGCCGGGCCGCCGACGUCACCGCAAGAACUGUCUGGGUGCCUUUCCACGCCGUCUCGGCCGGAGCCCCAGGGAGUACUGCGGCCAGCUAAGGAGCCUGCCUGGAGGGGAUUUCCGUGGUUUCCUGCGGUCUGGGUGGGUGAAUUGUCGGUGGCAGUUGCAGUUCCCUUUCGCCAAAUGAAGGAUAUUGACCAGCACUUAAGUUGGAAUAAUGGACCUGCAUUCAGAGGCUUUCGCAGAACAAAACAACAGAACAAGAGAAAAGGGAAGAGGACACUGGAGUAAAUGGAGAGUUGCACCACUCAGUUUUUCCUCAAUCCAAAUUCUGUAGGGCAGGGUGACUUUUUCUUUGAAAAGCUAAAGAAAAGAUAUUUAAUUCUUCUCAUGGUUAUCUGUCAGAUAACUUAGAUUGCAUAGAAAUGCAUUUAAUCUGUCACAUCCCAUACUGGUACAUUUUGAGAGUCCAAAGUUUUCUUACUUACUUUGUUCUUUCACCUGUGUUAGAGUUCUUAGCAGGGACUGUUGGUGUUGAGCGCAGCGGUGACCUCUGCAGGCACUGAAGUCCAGAGACAGGAAAGAAGGGUUAGGUGUGCAAGGCUCCUCCUCCCCAUCUAGGCGCUCUGCGCGCAGGAAGGCGCGUGUGCAGGUCAUGCAUCACUGUGAUAAGCAGUAGGGUUUCUCUGCAGUCUCACUCUUAACCUUUGUGCUGAGCUAGUCCUUCCAGAGGAAGUGAUUCCACAGCCUUUUGGAAAAUGGAAAGAGAACAUACAACCCAGCUUCCCUUUCAGAAGUAGAAAGCCCAGAAUCUUGUAAUCUCUCCAGAGAGCGGUGUCGGGGGAUGUUCGUGAGGAGUGCCGCGGGAAGAUUUUACAGUGUUUGUACAUUUUGAUAUCAUUAGAAUCCAAACUUUGACAAUUUCUGACUAAGGGUCACAUAUUUCUUGACUAUUUUUUUCCUCGUGCAGGAAGACUUCUGCCACCCGCUCAGCCUAGUGCUGUUGAGAAGGGUGAUUCUGAUGACUACUGUAUUAUUGCGUCUCUCAGGAAAGCCGAGGAGCUCGGCCUCCUCACACUUGCUAAUUAAAUGUGCUCCUCAGAGGACAUCCACGUUCCAGGGACAGCACAGUUCUCAUGCAGAAGUAAUUUUAUACUGCUGGUGUAAUGUGUGUGGACUUAGUGCAGAGACAGCUCAGCCAGUAACUUUUGCAGUAAGGAGUAUUCUUAUGCUUCCUCUGAUGACGACAGAGAGUUGGACCCGGGCUUUGCAACCCUCACUAGCACAGUACACAUUAGCUGUCUGUGCGAGUGCGUUAGUCUUAGCAGCUGACAGGCCCGUAUUCAGUCCUAGUGUGAACAAGAUAAGUAAGUGAGGAUGACACACGGCUAGGGAAACGUGUUAGUUGAUUACACCUGAAGUGGGUUAUUUGUCUCAUCAGCGAGUAUUAUUUGAAUAAAGUACAAGAUGCUUAAGAUAAAAUACUGCUCUAUACUAGUUUCCUCUGAAGACUGGAGUGGUGGCUGUCUCUUCACCAGUCUCUUGAGAGAAGAAAGUGCAGUAGCUGAUGGUCUUGAAAGAACACGUCGGUUGCGCACUCAUCCGGAGCUCUUUCCUUGUGCGUGUGGCUUGGCGGCGUGGGUGAUAAAGUGGAAAUUCAGCCUGGCUCAAAUUGUUUCAUCUGCCUGGACUUAGAUCUGUGUCUUUGGAGCCGUUCUGCCAUUUGACGUAAUUCUCCAGGGCCCUACCAGGCUCCUAGAGAAGGAUGAAUUCUGUUCCUAAAACUUCUCUAGAAUUCAUUCAUCCCUGGGAAAGAGUUAAUUUAAAAGAGCAUUCUCUCCGCAUCGCAGACAAGUUAGCAGAGUUGUUUGUAGUUAGUACUACACGGUCCAGCCAGAGACUUGUAAGUAGUGCAAAGUGACGGACUGUGCUGAACCGCAAGGCACAGGUCGUGACGUUCUUCGAAGUCUGCUCAGCCGGCUCCCAGGCUGGAGCUCGGCGGAUGGUCCGUUUCUCCUCCACACUGUCCUGCCCAGGCCUCUGGACUCGGAACGUCUGCGCGGUCCUGUGCUUUGAGCCGCUUUUUUUUUUCCACAAAAAUGGCUCCAUUUUUCCACUCUGUGGUUUUCUUAAAAUAGUUGAGUGUUUUAUAGUCUCCUGGUAGUAAAGUAGUAUUGCUUUAUAAGCUAUAACAGUUGACUUUAUUCUUCUACUCUGGAAACUCUUGCCUUGUUUGAGUGUAUAUAAUAUAUAUAAAGGGAGCCUUAAUGGAUUUGUUUUCAUAAUUUAAUAUUUUUUGUAUUUGCUCUUGUAUAAUUGUUUUUAAUGGAAAGUAUUACAGAAUUGAGGGUGGAAUUCUUAGAACCAAAGUUAUUCUUAAUAAAAAUUACCACAUGCUUGGACCAUG